AAUUAGAAAUCAUCAACGCAGCAUUUUAUUGCGGAUUAUGCGAUAAGCAAUAUACAAAGAUAACGGAAUAUGAGGCACAUUUGAGCUCGUAUGAUCAUAAUCAUCGAAAGCGAUUUAAGGAGAUGAAGGAGAGUAAUCGUCCUUCAACAAAGUUGGAUAAAAAACGCGAAAAAGAACGGAAGAGGGAAGAGAAAGAAUUGGCCAGGAUGCAACAGGCAGCGCUACAGAGAGCUAACAAACAAUCAUCUUCUGGCGAAUCUCCUGUUAUUAGUGGCGAGAUGACUAGCACCUCCAAAGUUACCGACGAUGUUAGCACAAAGGCCUUGAAUGGCGGAACGAAUCGUAUCGACACAAAAUCGGAUAGUUUGGGUGUUGGAAAACUUGAAGAGGAAAAUUAUUAUCAUGCGACGAGUACCGCAAAGCGCAAAGCCUUGGAUAGCGAGAAGAUCGCCGAGGAAACUGAAGAGGAACGCCUAAAGAGACAGUCCAAGGUUCAAAAGCGAGAAUCGAUUAAAAAAGAAUUAGAAAUCAUCAACGCAGCAUUUUAUUGCGGAUUAUGCGAUAAGCAAUAUACGAAGAUAACGGAGUAUGAGGCGCAUUUGAGCUCGUAUGACCAUAAUCAUCGAAAGCGAUUUAAGGAGAUGAAGGAGAGUAAUCGCCCUUCAACAAAGUUGGAUAAAAAACGCGAAAAAGAACGGAAGAGGGAAGAGAAAGAAUUGGCCAGGAUACAACAGGCAGCGUUACAGAGAGCUAACAAACAAUCAUCUGGUGAAUCUCCUGUUAUUAAUGGCGAGAUGACUAGCACCUCCAAAAUUACCGACGAUGUUAGCACAAAGGCCUUGAACGGUGGGACGAAUAACGGAGGUUGGGCAACGGUGAUUGAAGCUGGUACUUCCUCCGUCAGCACCGCUCUAGGUGACGACACGCGCGCGAAGAUUGCCAAUACUACGAGCGGGUGGGUUGCGACGACCGUACUAGAAAAAAAACAACCGGAUUUCCCCACUUCAAAAGAACCUGAAUCAACAAAAUCAAACAAUGGUAAUUGGGUUUCCUCGAUAACAUCAUCUCUAGAAACGAAAGGUGAAUCACCUGAAACGGAUAACAAAUGGUCGUUGGCUGUCGGUAGUAAUUCGUCAAAAUCAAAAUUCGUUUUUGGUAUCAGCAAGGCUAAAGGAGAACAAUCAGAGGUGAUUAUCUUGACGAAUUUAGGAAUUUAUGAUCAUCAACCAUUGCUAACACUUCAUCUUCCACUACGAUAUCAGGUUCAAAAAAUGAGUUCCAAGGAUAAAAGGCCUACUAAGAGACUAAGAAAAUCGUCCGUCGCGGAUCGGGGUCCUAAUAAGCGCAAAAUAAAACUAAGGGCUAUUGCCGAACAAAUGAUUGAAGAUGCCGAUCCUUGUGAUUCCGACUACCAAUACGUUCACGAAGAAAGCAGUGACAUCGACGACAUAACAGACACUGACGACACGAUUGUUAGCGACAAGCAACCUGAGGAAGUUGAUCCCAAUGCUCAAACUGGAACCAACAACAACACUCAACAAGGAUUUCGGGACGACAGGGUGAAAGAGUACUUGAGAAAAUGGAAACUUGAUGAUCCGGGAGUUUGCUGCAUAUGUCUCGAAGGAUCCACAACCGAAGAAAAUAUGCUUGUCUAUUGUGACGGGGAUGACUGCGAAGUCGUCUGUCAUCAAGAGUGUUACGGGAUUGUGCAUUUACCGGCUUCCGAUGAACCAUGGUAUUGCGAUAGGUGCUUGGCAAAACCUUCAGAAACGAUAUGUGCACUCUGCCCGAGGAAGACGGGCGCAUUCCGCAGGAUGAAAGAAGGAGAUGCGGCUGGAACAUGG